AGGCUCUCCUAUUUAUCGAAAAAGCAAUGCAAUUGAAUCAGAAAAAUCAUGCAAUAUUCGAGAAUAAAGGUUAUUUGAUAUUAUAGAUAAUAGGAAGAGCAUUACAAUAAUUGUAAAGACCUGAAGAAGCAAUCAUAUGGUUUGAUAAAGCCAUCUUAUCAAAUCCAAAAGGUGAUUAAAUAUUUAUUCAAAAAGGUAUUUGUUUUCUCAAGUAUAAGGUAUAACCUUAACGAGCUUAAAAAAAUAUUCAGAAGCUAUAGAAUGUUUUGAUAAAUCUAUUCAGCUUAAUCCAAAGAAUGAUUUAGCUUUAUAUUACAAAGGUAUUUCAUAGUGAUGAGGAUUAUUAAAGGAUAAGCGCUACAAGACUCAUAAAGAUAUUAAGAGGCUAUUUAAUGCUAUGAUUUAGCCAUUUAAUUGAAUCCAACUGAUGAAUCAGCAAUAAUCUCUAAAGGUUUCCAAUAGAUAUUAAAUUAUUUAAUAGGGUCAGCAUUAGGAAAAUUAUAAAAAUACGAAAAAGCAAUUUAAUGUUUCGAUAAAGGAAUUUAAUUAAAUUCAAAAAAUUAUGAAAUAUUUGAGGAAAAAGGUAUAACUUAAAUUAAAAUUUUAAAUAGGAUGUACAUUAAUUAAUUUCAAAAGAUAUUAAGAAGCCAUAGAUUGUUUUGAUAAAGCAAUUCAAUUAAAUCCUAAAUCAGAAAAUUCUUUGUGCAAUAAAGGUGUUUAUUUUAUAUUUUAGCAUUAAAGGAACAGCAUUAAUAAAUUUAUAAAAAUAUUCAGAAGCUAUUAAAUGUUUUGAUGAAGCAAUCUCAUUAAAUCCUAAGAAUGCUUCAAUUUUAAAUAACAAAGGUAUCAAUUACAUAAUAAUCCUUUUCACAGGAGCAGCAUUAAAUAAUUUAUAAAGAUAUAAAGAGGCUAUUGAAUAUUGCGAUAAAGCCAUUCAAAUUGAUCCUAAAAAAGAUAUGGCAUAUCUAAAUAAAGGUAUAAUUAUAAUUAAAAAUAACAAAGGAUUAGCAUUAUUAUAUUUAGAAAAAACUAAAUAAAGCAUCGAAUAUUUUGAUAAAGCCAUUCAAUUGAAUCCUAAAAAUGAUUUAGCUUUUUAUAAUAAAGGUAGCUUUUUUAAUUUUAUUCUUAUCUACUAAGGAUCGGCAUUAAUGAAUUUACAAAAAUAUAUAGAAGCCAUAGAAUAUUUUGAUAAAUCAAUUUAAUUGAAUUCAGAUGAUGAUUCUGUAUAUCAUAACAAGGGUAUUUGUUAUAUUCAAGUCUUUAUUAAGGAGAAGCAUUAAUUAAAUUAGGAAAAUAUAAAGAAGCUAUUAAUUGUUUUGAUAAAUCUAUUCAAUUAAAUCCAAAUGAUUUUUCUGGAUACGACUCUAAAGGCAUUUAUUAUAUUUAACUUUCUUUAAAUAGGUAUGGCCUUAUUUUAACAGCAAAAAUUUCAGGAAGCUAUAGAAUGCUUUGAAAAAGCAACUAAAUUGAAUCCA